CGCUGCUUUUGAAGUAGCCUCAGUGUUAUUUUAACAGCGAAGUUGGCCAGUGCGAGAGCUGCCUGAUCCAAAGCAAAUCCAGCCACAACCAGUUAUACAGCAAAGAACGGGCACUGCAAAUCAAAUAUCAACGCUGAUUAUAUCAUACUUCCUACAUAACGAAUAAAAAUGUGUGGAAUCUUUGCCUAUCUGAAUUACCUGACGCCCAAGUCACGCCAGGAGGUGCUUGAUCUGCUGGUCACGGGCUUGAAGAGAUUGGAGUACCGUGGCUACGACUCGACAGGAGUGGCAAUCGACUCACCGGAUAAUAAAAACAUCGUGAUGGUCAAGCGAACGGGCAAGGUUAAAGUUCUUGAAGAGGCGAUUCAGGAGCAUUUCAGCGGAGGCGACUACAGCGAACCCGUUUUGACCCAUAUUGGCAUCGCGCACACUCGAUGGGCCACCCAUGGAGUUCCAUGCGAAAGGAACUCCCACCCACAUCGUUCGGACGAGGAAAACGGAUUCGUCGUGGUACACAACGGCAUUAUUACUAACUACAACGAUGUGAAGACCUUUCUGGCGAAGCGUGGUUAUGAGUUCGAGUCGGACACGGACACAGAGGUAUUCGCCAAGCUGGUACACCACCUUUGGAAAACCCAUCCCACCUACUCGUUUCGCGAGCUGGUCGAGCAGGCCAUCCUUCAAGUGGAAGGCGCCUUUGCCAUUGCCGUGAAGUCCAAGCAUUUUCCCGGAGAGUGUGUGGCCUCGCGGCGUAGUUCACCCCUUCUGGUAGGAAUCAAGACAAAGACACGCCUUGCCACGGAUCACAUUCCCAUUCUUUACGGAAAAGAUGACAAGAAGCUAAAUCCCGAUCAAGAUGCCGACUCUGGAAAACAGCAAGAAAUUCGUCCGCAUGGACAAUCCCGCGAACUGCCAGUGCUCCCGCGAUCGGAAAGCACUUCGGAAUUUAUGCCUUUGGAAGAGAAGGAAGUUGAAUACUUCUUCGCGUCGGACGCCUCAGCCGUUAUCGAACACACUAACCGGGUGAUCUAUUUGGAGGACGACGAUGUUGCCGCUGUUCGUGAUGGUACUCUAAGCAUCCAUCGCCUAAAGAAGAGCCUGGAUGACCCACACGCUCGAGAAAUCACUACCUUAAAGAUGGAAAUCCAACAAAUUAUGAAGGGAAAUUAUGACUACUUCAUGCAGAAGGAGAUUUUUGAGCAGCCCGACUCCGUGGUCAACACUAUGCGCGGACGAGUCCGCUUCGACGGAAACGCGAUUGUACUCGGUGGUAUCAAGGACUAUAUUCCAGAGAUCAAACGCUGUCGCCGCCUGAUGUUGAUCGGGUGUGGAACCUCUUACCACAGUGCGGUAGCCACUAGGCAACUGCUUGAGGAGCUUACUGAGCUGCCCGUUAUGGUCGAGCUGGCUUCCGACUUCCUGGAUCGCAACACACCUAUCUUCCGCGAUGACGUCUGCUUCUUUAUAUCGCAGUCCGGAGAGACUGCAGACACCUUGAUGGCCUUGCGUUACUGUAAGCAGCGAGGAGCCCUGAUUGUGGGCAUUACGAACACCGUAGGCAGCAGCAUCUGCCGCGAGUCGCACUGUGGAGUGCAUAUUAACGCCGGACCGGAGAUUGGAGUAGCAUCUACUAAGGCCUACACCUCGCAGUUCAUUUCCCUGGUGAUGUUUGCGUUGGUUAUGUCCGAGGAUCGUCUUUCCCUGCAGCAGCGACGGCUGGAGAUUUUACAGGCGCUGUCCAAGCUUGCGGACCAGAUCCGAGCCGUUCUCAAGCUGGACUCAAAAGUUCAAGAGCUGGCCCAGGAUCUUUACCAACACAAGUCGCUCCUGAUAAUGGGUCGUGGGUAUAAUUUCGCCACCUGCUUAGAAGGCGCCUUGAAAGUCAAGGAGCUUACCUAUAUGCACAGUGAGGGCAUCAUGGCUGGUGAACUAAAGCACGGCCCAUUGGCCCUUGUAGACGACUCCAUGCCAGUCCUAAUGAUAGUCCUUCGCGACCCUGUCUAUGUCAAGUGCAUGAACGCCUUGCAGCAGGUCACAUCUCGCAAGGGCUGUCCGAUUAUUAUCUGCGAGGAAGGAGACGAGGAGACGCAGGCUUUUUCCUCCCGCCACCUAGAGAUUCCACGCACCGUUGACUGUCUGCAGGGAAUUCUCACCGUAAUUCCAAUGCAACUUCUGUCCUAUCAUAUUGCAGUGUUGCGCGGAUGCGACGUUGACUGCCCCAGAAACCUAGCCAAGUCCGUUACAGUUGAAUAGAGCAACUGAAAUUUCGGAACCUUAAGUAGUUGAGUACUACUUUGAAUUUUCGUUUGAUAAUCUCCGCGUGUCCUCGGUGAACACAUUUUAUACAUAUUCAAGCAGUUACAUGAUCACAUUACCAUCAUUAUGAAACAUUCCCAAGGAACACAAUAUUAAUUAAAAAUGUAUUAACUAAA